AUGGCGGAUCGUCUCACCUCGUCUCCGGAUGCUUCGCAGCAGGAGACUUCCCGUUGGAAUGGGGAAGCACAGGGGAACCCCACUGGGAUGCACAGCUGCGCAGCAGACACUGACAAGGCGGCCGAUGAUGGGAACCCUGCCUGGGAUUUGUCAGAAGUGAAAGGAUCGGAGGAAGAGCCGGCAGCCGCCGUCGAGACGGGGGCGCUGGGCCAGGCUCUCCGGGGCGCUCCUCCACCGGCCGUCCCUGCAGCCUGGAGCCGCGCCAAGCCCUCCCUGCGGUGCCAGAGGCUCGGCUGUGCCGGCUGCCCGGGGCUUGGGGAGGGCAGAGAAGGGCACUGGUUGGGGGGGAGGGCCGGGGGCUGGGCUGGAAGCGGCCGGCGCCGCUGGUGGCGCGGCGGAGACCCACCUCCGGGGAGGGGAGAUGGCGCGGCCGACUUGGCCGCCAAACUUUGCACGGGCCGCCGCCGCCGCCGCCGCCGCCUCCUCCUCGCCCGGCCCAACUUAGCCGCGCGCUCCUCGGCCAGCCCCGCAGCGAGCGAGCCGAGGCUGCGGCGGGGACGCGACUCCGCUGCGCACGAUGAGCGGCCGGUGCCGGUGCCGGCGGGCGCCAUGAGCCAGGAGGCGGCCCCGGUGGUGUCCCGCAAGCGGCGGCUGAUGGCCGCGGUGCGCGCCGGCGAGUCGUCGUCGUCGUCGUCGUCGUCGUCCCGCUCGGCCGCCUCGUCGCCCGGCCCGCUGUGCUGCUUCGUGUGCGGCGGCGGCAUCGGCCGGGGCAAGGAGCAGCGGCUGCACGUGAGGCCGGCGGGCCCCCCCCCCUCCGCCGCCGCCGCGGCCCCCCCGGCCCCCGCGCAGCCCUUCUUCCCGUUCCUGCAGCACCAGGAGCCGGCGCCCGGGGCGCGGGCGGUGGGCGGCGAGGGCUUCGCGCUGGUGUGCGCCGUCUGCCGCUGCUUCCUGGCCGAGCAGUGGGCCGCCUUCGAGCGGGCGCGGACCCCCCUCGACAAGCGCAUGUACUGGCUCAAGCGGCCCCACCAGUGCCAGCAGCAGCAGCAGCAGCACGCGACCCCCGGCGGCGCCCCCCGCGAGUGGAACCCGGCCUACGACGCCCUGGCCGACGACCCCGACCCAGACGACGACGACGACGACCCCCGGCGGCCGCCCCCCGACUCCGACCUCUCCUCGCUCUCCGACAGCCUGGCCUCGGACGCCGAGCCGCGCUCCCCGGGGCCCCCCUGGCGCGCCCAGCCCGCGGCCGCCCCCCGGCGCCGCUGGGACCCCCCCGCGCCCCCCGCCCCCCUCGACGACGGCCUGCCCCCCGCCGCCCACAAGCCCCGCAGGAAGAAGCCGCGCCGGGCGCCGCUUUGGAGAAGGGACCGCGCCGACCGGGAGGGCGCUCCGCUGCUGCCUCCCCGCCUUCCUCCUCCUCCUCCUCCUCCUCUUCCUCCCCGGGAGGCUGCGGGCUGCUGGUCGUCGGAGGAGAGCGAGAUCAACAUCACCAGCGACGAGGAGCAGCAGCGCCGGCGGGAGGCCCCCGGCCCCCCCUGCAGGGUAGGCGCCUGCUACGUGUGCGGCUGCCCCUUGACGCCGGCCUCGCAGCGCCGCAUCCACGUGCAGAAGCAGGAGCAGGCCCGCCGGGCGCCCUUCUUCCCCUUCCUGUGGCUCCACAGCCCGCCCCCCGGGGCACUGCCCAUCAGCCCGGCUGGCAGCGCCUGGGCCUGCGCCAGCUGCUUCGCCUCCCUCAUGCAGCAGUGGCAGAGCUUCGAGCUGGCCGACGUGCCGGUCCUGCAGCGGCUGUACGUGGUGCCCCUGGACGCCCCGACCCCUGAGAGGGGCACCCCGCCCGGAGACCGAGCCCCGCCGGGCCCCCUGCGGCCGGCCCCGGAAGCCUGCUACCUGUGUGGCGAAGACUGCGCCAAGGAUGGCAAGGCCGUCUGCGCCAAGAUCACCAACGGCAACGCCAAGACCACCAUGCACUUCCCCUUCCUGGGCCUGCUGCCCUGCCCCCCCAACGCCAAGGGCCUCAACAAGCACUGGGAGGUGCGCAGCUGCCGCAAGUGCUACGGGGUGCUGCAGGACCUGUGGGCCAUGUACCGGGCUUGCCACAACCAGGAGUUCAUCACUUCGGUGCAGAGCUUCCUGGGACGUUACCACCAGGUGUUUUCGGCAGCGGAGGCCCCCGGCCUGGGCAAGCACCCUUUGGCUGCAGCGGGCCCAGCUUGCGUUUGCUACAUCUGCGGGGCAGAGCUGGGUGCCGGCAGGGAGUUCCAGUUGAGCGUCAACCCGCCGGGCCGCUUUGGCGAGAAGGAGCCCUUCUUCCCCUUCCUCACCGUCUACCCGCUGGCUCCUCGGGCCAGGCCGGCCGAUUCCACGGGGGUCGUGUCCGCUUGCCUGUUGUGCUACCACGACCUCCUGGGGCAGUGGUUGCAGUACGAGGGGGCCGGCAGCUCCCGCCCCAGCAACCCCUGGUCCCGCCAGUACAAUGUGGAGACCUUCGUCUGCUUCUUCUGUCGGCAGGAGAAGAAACGGUGCCACGGAUUAAAAGCGGUGCGCGUGGCCCGGCUGCCCGUCUUCCUGUACUCCUUGCGGGUGCCGAGCAGCUUGCUGGUGGAUGACGGGAAGCGGCUCACCAUCGGGGCGUGUGCUGAGUGCGCCGCCCUAGUGGUUGCUGGCAAAACGGCAGUGCCCAGAGAGCUCUUUGCGGCUCCUGCCGUGGCGCCACUCCCAAAGGGCUCAGCCUUUCCUCUCGAGACCCCCGCCACACAGCUCCCUGCCACUGAGUCGGCACCACGCCUGCCAGGCACUGCGGAGAGCACGGCCGCAGGCAACGGAGCAGCCUCGGAUCACAAGUCCAGCUUGUGGAUCGCGAGGAGGGCCAGCCGGAACUCCCACAAGUAAGAAUGUCUUUGUUAUGCCGUCUCUGUCGAGACAUGGUGCACACACCUGUGCCCACAGGUGAGGCGGUAGACAAGGGGACACUGAUAUUAGGCUUGGGAGAUGCCGAAGGAAAGUUAUGGGAAGCGGAGAGGAUUGAGUCAAAUGGCAAAAAUACAAGGGGUGGGUUCCAGCCCAUAGGAAGUGAUGCAAAACUGGGCGGAGCUUGAGAAAUACGUGGGCUGUUCUCCCGUUUUAGGUUCAGGUGAGGUUCUAGCUGUCUGGCUUCUUUGAAACAGGCAGUUGAGAAAGCAGGUACCUAUUUUCAAAAGGCAGCCAUGUUGGUCUGCAGUGGAAGAACAAGAUCUGAGCCCAGUAGCAUCUGAGAGAUU